AUGGAUUUGCCAACGUUGGACUUUUCUCAUUUCACUCAUGGCACGGACAAGCAACGAGUGACACUUUCAGAGGCUCUUGUCCAAGCUUUCAAGGACCAUGGCUUCGUGAAGCUCAUUAACCAUGGACUUCCUGAAGAGACUGUUACUAAAUAUAUGCAAGCUGCGACAAGUUUCUUCGCCCUGCCUGAAGAGUCUAAGAUGAGAGUUGCCAAUGUGAAAGGACCGACUCCCCAACGGGGCUAUAGUUGGGUUGGUGCGGAGCAAACAUCAAAGCUGAGAAAAGAGAACACACUUGGAAGAUCCGAUGUGGAUAAACUAAAUGAUGCUCGCGAACACUUUGAUGCUGGCCCGCCGGGGGAUAGCGAUUUUCCAAAUAAGUGGCCCCUGGAAACUGAGAUUCCGGGAUUUCAGCCCUUGAUGGAAAGUUGUUAUGACUUGUUUCAGCAGACUUGUCUGCAAAUUAUGAGCGCCAUGGAAGUGGGUUUGGGCUUACAGCCCGAGUCGCUGGUAGCCAGAUGUAAACCAGCGUCGAGUGAAAUGCGUCUCAACCAUUACCCACCGACCAGCAUCGAAUUGCUCGCGGGAGGCCAAGUCAAACGCACUUGGCCUCAUACUGACUUUGGAAUCAUUACGCUCCUGUUCCAAGAUUCAGUUGGCGGCCUUGAGCUUGAAGAUCGCAAGAACCCUGGUACUUUUGUGCCAGUAUUGCCUGGCUCCGCAGAUGGUCCAUCAGAAAUGGUAGUAAACAUCAGUGACACCUUCCAGCGAUGGACCAAUAACGUUAUCAGAGCUGGAACUCACCAAGUUUCAGUUCCACUAUCGAUGAAAGAUGUGACCAAAGGGAAUUGUCCGGACAGGUACUCGGGGAUCUUUUUCUUCAAGGCCCAUAGAGAUACCUCAGCCGGAUCAUUGCCAUACUUUGUCACAGAGUCAAACCCGGCUGCAUAUGAUGAAAUCACGGCUCUACAAUUUCAACAGAGAAUGACGAAGCUUUUGUAUUGA